GUUACGCCGGCGAUCGACAGGCAACCAACUCCCGUCACGCCUGUCGUUUGACUAUAGUGUCCUCACGUAGCAGCAAUGAGGUGGAGAAAGCUUAAGGGCUCGUUUGUGCUCGGAUUGCUGCUAGCGGGAGCAGAGCUUUCUACUGCUUCAUCGCGGGGCGUACAGCAGGUAUUCGUCAGUGAAGAUCCAUGCUCUAGUAUCGGAGGAAAGAGAUGGGCGUAUCCAUCAGCGGUCAGGAGCUGCUUCCAAUCGUUUCCAGUCGACCCAAAGCUGAAGGCGAACAUAAUCGAAGUCAUCAAUAAGACGCUUGCAUUUCACACUUCGACGAACUAUCAGAUCAGAGCACCGGAACCUUUCUCUUCGGAGGUUCAUGAGGAUGUCGUUGGUGACCUUGCAAGAAUAAGCAAACAACCAUACACGUCCGACUUCGACUUGCAUAUCGACCUGUCUCGUACGUUAAAGCGACUCAAUGACGGGCAUUGCGUGUAUAUCAACUAUUGCUAUGACGCCCUCUUUGUGUCAUACCUUCCGACGCCUCUCGUCCUAUUAGCCGAUAGCAACGGAGUUCAGAAUGUGCACAUAGCGCCGGAGGCCUUCUCUGUCAUAUCUGCAGAAUUCCAGGACCAGAUUGGAUACUGGGAAGAUGCCCUUCCUGAAAACCUUUCCUUAGAUCAACUAUCUGGAGCAAAGGUUCUUCUCAUCGACGGUGAAGACCCAUGGGUUGCUGUCGAGGCUAACGCUGCUAUCACUGGUGGAUAUACUGCCUACGGCACACGGCAAAAUAGCUUCUUUUCCAGCUACUCAUUAACUAGCAAUGGGUGGUAUUAUGUUAUGGGGAAUUUCGCGCAGCAGACGCUUCCUCUAUACGACUCUCGCAACCUGACCAUCAUUCCGGUGAAUAGCAGCGAAGUACGCACUAUCACCCUCCCAUACCGCUCCCGAUUUGGCGACCUCUCUGUCGACUUCGCUGACUCGGCCUCGUUCUGGGACAAUAACUGUCGGGCUACAAUUGGCACCAAUGGCGUAGACUUACGCUCCUCGUCCGAAACUGAGCUAGCCGACAUAUAUGCUUCCGUCUCCAAGCUUGAGCAGCAGCCCCGAAUUUCGUUCCGGGAAGCAUGGCAACAUAGGAUGAAUGUCUACAUGGACGCCCGGCCGACUGGUGACAUGGAUCUACCCGCUAUGCUUCAGCCCAGCAAGAAACCUUUGAACGGCAGCCAGGGUGUAGCACAGUUCUAUAUGCUUGACGACGAUAUUACAGGCGUUUUGGCAUUAGGCAGUUUUUCUUCCGAGUCUUUUGCUGAGCUACAGAAGUCAUUGCUAGUAGGCUUGACUUCCCUGAAGAAUUCGGGCGCAACUCAACUCGUGGUUGAUGUGACUAACAACGGUGGAGGUUACAUCUGCAUUGCCCAUUGGUUGCACCGCAUUAUAUCUGGUCCAAGGGCCAGUACUGUCCCUCAAGCGGGAUUAGAUACGACAACUCGAGCAGGACCUCUCGCACGGCUUAUCGUUAAGCAAGUUAUCUCCGGAGCUGACUCCAACUACACGUCAAGCUAUGACCCUACUCAAUGGACGUUUGCUAAUCAUACUCCCAUGCCGGAAGGAUAUGAUUGGAUGGCAUCUCCCGUGAAGACUGUCAUUAACGGGCGGGAGGACGCUUUCAGCCAGCGGCUAGGCCAAGAAUGUCAGCCGUUCGACAUGAGGCCUCCAGCGGACCCUCUGUUCGAUCCGAGGAAAGUGGCGAUAGUCAGCAACGGCAGAUGCGGGAGCUCUUGCUCCCUGUUCAGCAUCACGAUGGCGAAAGAAGAUGGUGCAAAGACUGUUGUAGUUGGUGGAAAGAAGACGGUUCCGCAGCAAUACUGUGGAACUGUCGGUGGGCAGAGCACCGGAUUCUUCCACAUCGAUACGGAAAUCAAGACGGCCGGCUUGAAGAACCAUUCAUUGGCUCCUCCGGACUUCUUGACGAAUAGUGUCCAGGGAAUUACGUGGCGGCUGGGGUAUGGUAUUUGGGAUACUGAGCAACCCGAAGAAUGGCAAUACCAUCCCGCUGACUAUAAUCUUCUCUUGACGAACGCUACAGUCAACAAUCCCGUCGCGAUUUGGGAGGCCGUGGUCGCCGAAGUGCUGUCAUGA